CAAGUUUGUGAGGUAACCACUGUCGGAAUGUUUACCUAACUGAUUUUGAGUCGCUGAACCCCUCUAGCGCUUGUACAGGGUAAAUUAACAUCCAGUCCGGUGUAAGGGAGAUUGGGAAAACCCUGUUUCUGCGCAUAAUUGUGUUUUUGGUUAGCAUGUGGGUAAAUAAGGACCUCGACGCUAACGCCAAUGAUCUAGUGAGCACUGGAGAUGCCACUUUAGACAAACUGGCAAAUCAGUGGAUCAGCUGGGAUAAGAAUGCAGCAACUCAGGCGCAGAUUAUAAACUUGGUCCAGGAGACUCAUGUAGAGGAACUCAGGAGGAGGCUGUGCUCACGGAUGAAGUUUGGAACAGCUGGACUAAGAGCAGCUAUGGGAGCUGGAUUUUCCCGUGUCAAUGAUCUCACGGUCAUCCAGACAACACAGGGGCUAUAUGUAUACUUGGCUAAAUGUUUCCCUGAUGUGAAGAGCAGAGGUUUGGUGGUAGGAUACGACACCCGAGCACAGGAGUGCAGUGGCUGCACCAGUGAACGGCUUGCAAGAUUGACUGCAGCAGUCAUGCUUAGUAAGGAUGUUCCAGUUUAUCUGUUUUCAACAUAUGUGCCUACCCCAUUUGUGCCCUAUGCUGUAAAGAAGUGUGGAGCUGCUGCUGGUGUAAUGAUCACUGCUUCUCACAACAGAAAAGAGGAUAACGGAUAUAAGGUAUACUGGGAGAAUGGUGCUCAGAUUUCUUCACCACAUGAUAAGGAGAUCCUAUGUUGUGUAGAGCAAAAUGCAGAGCCCUGGACUGAGUCUUGGAAUCAAGACCUGUGUGAGAGCAGCUCAUUAAGGACUGAUCCACUGGAAGACAUUUGCUGCUGGUACAUGGAGGAGCUGAGUACUCUUUGCUUCCACAGAGCACUGAACACACAGUCUCCCUUGAAGUUUGUGCAUUCAUCCUUUCAUGGAGUUGGACAUGCCUAUGUCCAGAAAGCGUUUCAGGCAUUUGGCUUUCCACCUCCUAUUCCUGUACCAGAGCAGAUGCAUCCAGAUCCAAACUUUUCCACUGUCAGCUGCCCUAACCCUGAAGAAGGAGAGUCAGUUUUGGAGCUGUCUCUUCGCCUUGCCGAGAAAGAGGGAGCUAGGAUUGUGCUGGCCACAGACCCUGAUGCUGAUCGCCUGGCUGUUGCAGAACAGUGCGAUAAAUGUGGCUGGAAAGUUUUUACUGGGAAUGAGCUGGCUGCAUUGCUGGGCUGGUGGAUGUUAUUAAACUGGAAGGAGACUCACCCAGAAUCAGCUGAAAUUGAGGGUGUAUAUAUGCUUGCCACAGCGGUCUCCUCCAGAAUCCUCAAGGCUAUGGCUGAGAUGGAAGGCUUCCAUUUUGAGGAAACACUACCUGGCUUCAAAUGGAUUGGAAAUAAAAUUCACGAGUUAGCUAAAACAGGAAAGGAGGUCAUUUUUUCCUUUGAGGAGUCCAUUGGCUUUCUGUGUGGGAGAAUGGUCCCUGACAAGGAUGGAGUUAGUGCUGCUGUAGUUGUUGCUGAGAUGGCAGUGUAUCUGCAUACAAAAAAUGUAACGCUUAUCCAGCAACUUCAAAACAUCUAUGAAACUUAUGGCUACCACAUUUCAAGAACUUCCUAUGUUAUCUGCAAUGACCCCCCAACAGUCCAGAGAAUAUUUGACCGUUUACGCAACUUUGAAGGUGAAGGCAUUUACCCAAAGAAGUGUGGUGGAUACAGCAUUACACACAUCAGAGAUGUGACUACAGGUUAUGACAGCAGCCAACCUGACAAAAAAUGUGUCCUACCAGUGUCCAAAAGCAGCCAAAUGGUGACCUUCACAUUUCAGAAUGGUAUUGUUGCCACCCUUAGGACUAGUGGGACAGAGCCCAAAAUCAAAUACUACACAGAGUUCUGUGCACCACCUGGAAAAAGAGUCACCUCAAGUCUUGAAGAGGAGUUAGCAAAGGUGACCUCUGCUUUGCUGGAGGAGUAUCUGGAGCCUGAGAAAAAUCAUCUGAUCCUCAGAUCAGUAUAGCUCUGUCAUACCAGGAGCAAUUGGGCAGGUGUCAUUGUGGGUUAGUUUCAUCUUAAUAUAAUUUCAAUGCCUGGAAUGUUAUCUCUUGCUAUAAAAUGAUGUCCAGCUUUAAUUCUUUUAUUGCUGCAAAGAUCUUAAGGGGUGAAACAUUAAAGUUAACAAGCAUACCUGUUUCUGCCAUUAUGAUUUAUGUAUCAUGACUUGGUGUCAUUAUGUUGAAAUAUCUCUUUACUCAGUAAACCACAAGGCUUUAUCCCUUCCAUAACAUUUGGGUUAAUGAUCAGAAACAGACAAUUCAGUUUUCUUAAUAUGGAACAUUCGUUCCUAUGUUGUUACUGUAUGUAGUGUCCCUGUGGUUGUGAUGUGCGUUAUUUCUCAUUCACAACUUGUGUGUUCCUUUGAAUGAAAUUAAAAAAUUGAUUUUGCACAGGAGUGCAUUAUGCCAAAAUUGUCCAGCAUGCUAGUGGGACAUCAUAAUUUGAUGCUACUCUGCUUUGCUGCUUUAUAGACUUGGCAAGUCUUUUAAUGGAAACAUCUAGGAUUAAUGGAACAUCUUGAAAUAAUUCUAUGUAGUUUUAAUUCAGUGAUAAUUGAAUGGAUGGAUUUGUCCAUUACUAAAUAGAUGGAGUGUAGUUUCUGAUUGCAGACAUUAUCAGAUGUAGUAGAUUUCAUUUUUGUCAGACACUGCUUCUCUCUGCGUGCACCAAGGGUUUGGCAUAGUCAGUGCCAUAAUGUGAUAGAAUGCAGAGUUAAAUAAAUGAACAGAUUUUAUUCAAUUGUCCCAAAUUUCUUUGGUAACAUUUUGAUGAAAUUGAUAAUUCUUGGACAGGGAAGAUUUUGUAGUAUUAAGUUGAUUAAUUGUAAAUCAAUUAUGAAUUCUUGAACAAUUCAGAAAAUAGAAAGGCCCCAAAACCAUGGAUGCUGUGUUUGACGCUAAUAAUGGCCUUUCAUUUGAAAUGGCAUUUUGUGAAUAUGUUGUGGAGUUGAGUAACUCUUUAGGUACAAGUGACUUACACAGUAGUUCAGAAGACGGGAAGACUUUUGCUGCUUUCAGAUUGCACUGCAGAUAUUUAUUUUUUUAAAGACAUUAUAAAUAUUGUCAAGAGAUGUUGACAGGCUGAACAUUUUAUUUUGUGUAUUCUUCACAUUAUACCUAUGGGCAGAAAGCACAUAAUGUUGGCAUUGUAACAUAAAACAAAGAACAGAUAAUCUUUAUGGUAUUAUUCUAAGGAUGAGUACAAAUGAAAUAUUUA